AUGCUGUUUAAAAAAUUAUACGUCGAAGUGAUUGAUUUGGUCCAGAUAUCGGCGGCUAACAAGAGAGAAUCGGAUACAGAUUCUCUAAUGUCGUCCUUCACCUCAAUCCUUCGCCUAUCGAAGAAAAUUAAAAAGGAAAAACCGUAUGACGGGAAUCGGAAUGUGACAGUGGUCAGGAGUUCCCAUGAUGUUCACCUGCUUUCAGCCAACGAGGAAACACAGCAAUCGCUCCUUAGAUACCAGUCGACUGGAGGACCCAGGAAAAUUGCCACAUCGACAAGCGGUUUAGGGAUUACUACAGUGAGGUUGUCACAAUCCGAGAAUGCUUUGCAUCGAAUGGCAUUGCAUAGAAGUGCCAGCGAAGGAAAGCUCUCCAGUCGUAAGCCCGGUCUCUCAAAACUGGAAACCGGCAGAUCUGAACAUGCAAGCGGCCAAGGGUCCCAGCAACUUGACAUCAUAUCCGCAUUGUUACCGACAAACGAAGAUACUGUACUAUCAAACUUUCCUGCAUCUGCUGUAUCACCCCUCUCGCUAGACAUGCCAGUGAUGGGUCCAACCUUUGAUCUUGAGGAGUUUCUACGUGAAGCUCAAACGGAGACAGAUAUGGGUGAUCUAUCAGAAACGUCUGGCUCAACUUCCUCGUCACCUGAGAUGUGGGAAGAGAAACGGCAUUACCCUAGUUCUGCAUCCUCAAGUUACACUUUGCGAUCAGACUUUAUCACCGAAGACUCAACGCCAGAGCCGAAACCUCGUCAGCCUCCAACAGCACUGCCUAGCCUAGAGAGGAAGAAAGUGGAGCUUCUACGAAGGAAGAGAUCGACAGAGGUUAAGGCUAAGUCGUUAAUCUGUUCAACAGAGAAUAGAAAGAAAGAAGGGCAUUAUUUGAUACAAAAGCCAUUACCGGCCAUACCUUCGGCUCUGUCUAUAGCCAACCCACAAAGCGCGCAGCACAUUGCUAGACUUACGUCGAAAUACUCAGCAAGUCGGUCCGAAUCGCCCAUUGACAGGUCUAUUGUGUUUCGAGCGACGGAAAAUACCUUAUCGCAAGCAGCUAAUGAUCUUGAACGAGAGUUGGAAAAGUUAGGAAAUGUUCACCCUGCCAUGAGACCCGAACAAUCACUCUCCAAGCCCACCAACGACGACGAGAAUGUGGUGGCACCAUUGAACAUUUCUCCAAAACCGAAAUUUAACACCAAUUUCAACACAGAGUCAGUAACAGAUUCCACUGGACCACAACAACAGGAGAACAUUUCAAGAGAUACAGAACCAGCCGAAACCGGCACCAGACAAAAUACGCAAGCUUCGCCACCUUCAAAGAGCGUCUCCCGAACGAUAAGGUCGUCUGUACAUUUACGCAGUCUGCGCAGCCCUCGAUUCAAUAAUCAGUCUAUGCAAGGAAAGUCGCGUCGUGGAAAUAGAUCGUCUAAAUCAUCAAUGAAAAGCCCCGUGAAAAGCCUACAAGACGAGCAAGCGGCUUUGGCUAGAAGUACGGAUCGCUAUAUUGAUGCUGAAAUUGCAAGGGCGUUGCAAGAAGAUCACGAGGACGCAGAAGAUGAUGAUGACACCAAUGGCAAAUAUGACGGAGGAAACGAGUGGUCAACGAUGUACCCUCUUAAAGCUGUCCAGAAGCUGGGAAUUCCGCUCUUAACGAACAGUCACAUUCCCCGUCUGUCCUCUUCAGAAACCCAGAGAAUCCUACGACAGCAGCUACCGAAACUUGACACUAACUCCAUCUUUCCUGCAAUUGAGAACCGAUUUCUGCCAUCUGCACCUCUAGCAUCAGGCGGAAGGUAUCCCGAAACUCCAGAUGAUAUCGGCAUUCGAAUACGAUCUUUCAUUACAAACUCCACGCCUGUCCAGUCGCCUACGGAGGAGAGACCCAUCAUGGGGAACGACGAGCUAUACAAUGACAAGGUAUUUGUUGGCUUCGACCGGAUGGAGACUGUUCAUGAGGACGGGUCCCUGAAGGCAGAAGAGGUUCCUCUCAUGAUGGGUACACCAACUAUGUCACACUCGUCAGCAACGGCCUAUCUUCCCCACAAGCAAUCCCUUUACGAGUUGGAUGAGCACGGUUCAACUCCUAUUUCUCAACCCUCUGGUGGAUUCUACUCUACAAAGCUGCAGAUGCCGGCCUACAUGAUAGACGAUGUAGUACUGACACUGAUGAAGAACGUUGACAAUCUUGAUGAACUAUUCAAGUAUGCUCAAGUGAACCGACAGUUCUAUCGUGUAUUCAAGAGCAACGAGCUUCCACUGAUUAAGAAUGCCUUGUUUAAAAUGAACCCUCCAGCAUGGGAACUGCGAGAAAUGAGUCCGCCAUGGAGUGACAAUUCAAGCGGUUUGAAGGAUCCCGAUGCCCCUGUACCGGAAUACACUGCUUCUUCAUAUUUACAACAUUAUGCCCGUGAUGUGUUUGCACUUGUCAGGCUGAAGGCCUUAGUAUACGCGAGAUGCAGUUCAAUAGUGCGACCGGAGACUAUCGAUGGCUUGACUGGAGAAAACGAUGUUCGCGCUGCAGAGAUUGAUGAAGCUUUUUGGCGCAUUUGGACUUUCUGUCGUAUCUUCGGAUGCGGCAAGAAUAGGGAAGGAGACAUCAACGGACAGAUUGACUGGUUGAAUGCCGGGUAUUUGGCCAAGAAAAACAAGUCUGGUGCUACAGUGACGACAUCGGAGCCAUUCUUUAGCUUGAAUAACGUCCUCUUUGAUCCGCCUUCCGGCUUUGGAGAUGGCAAUCAAGAUGGAUUGACAUGGCAUCAAUUGUAUGACAUGUUAGAGAUCUGGAAUUGUCUUGGAACUCUGGUUCAGGGAUUCAAUCGGGAGUGCAAGGACGCUAGAGUGGCGGGUAUCUUCGAUGGAUUAGACAUUCCGAUAGGCGACAUUGCAAAGGAAGAAGCCAUGUUGGAGGAAUGGACACAUUACAUUUUGACAUUGGGCCCAUCUGCUUUAGUCGGUCUCAGUUCCAUUUCACCUAGCCAUUCCGCCAAUGAGAUUUUUACCAAAGCCAAUCAAAUGGGCAUGACGAAAUGGGAAGCCCCGGAAAAUGGUAGUUCUCGAUCAUCGUUUCUUCGCGAAGCAAUUUCUCGCGCCUAUAACAGCAGGGUAUCGAUCCAGCAAAAGUUUUCGAGUUCAUCAGUCUCUAAUGGAGGAUUUGUUGACUCGGCUACUACCCGACUCGAGCGGAUUCGAAAUUUGCACCUCAAUUCCACGAGCAAUGCCAGUCGACCGGGACAUACGUCUUGGAUUGAUGAUGAUGAUGAUGAUUCUUCCACCUACCGUGUUCCGCCAUACACACCCGUCAAUAUCGAUAGUACUUCCAUGGGGCCAUUAUCGAUUCCCCCACCACAAUACUCGAUUACAGAAGCCCGAUUCAUCGACCCUGUUGAUAAGGCGAUUCACCGGAUGGUUCACGAACUCGGCUUCAGUGAGCGUGAUGCAACAUGGGCUUUGAAGAUUACGGAUACAGGAGACAUGCUGGAUAUAAAUGCAGCCGUUCAACUCCUUGUCGGAGAACGAGAGAAGCGUAACAGAUUCAAAUCUUUUGGCAGCCUUGAUGAGAGUAUAGCAAAUGAUGGCGAUGAUUGCCUCGUUGAUAUUUCGAGGCAUAGAGGAACAGUGACUUGGCGAUGGGCUUGA